AGACCCGCUCAGUGCCUCGCGUGCCGUCGCAUGUUGCGCACGUAUCGCGCGUUCUAAUUCCGCGUAACAUUGCAGAUGCGAGUUCGACACUGAUAAAAAAAUGCCCGCCGAGGACGAACCCGGGGCGGCGAUGGAGGGCCGCGAAACCGCCGAUGGGUCUCCCCAGCAGUUCUGCUUGAGAUGGAACAAUUACCAAAGCAACCUCGCCAACUGCUUCGACCAGCUUCUUCAGACGGAAUCUUUCGUGGACGUCACCCUCGCCUGUGAAGGACAGAGCCUGAAAGCCCAUAAGGUGGUCCUGUCCGCCUGCAGCCCGUACUUCCAGACGCUUUUCAUGGACAAUCCAUGCCGGCACCCCAUAAUAAUAAUGCGCGACAUAAAGUACUGCGAUCUGAAGGCGGUCGUGGACUUCAUGUACCGCGGGGAGAUAAACGUGUCGCAGGAUCAGAUCACGGCGCUACUGAAGGUGGCGGAGAUGCUGAAGAUCAGGGGCCUGACGGACGUGAGCGGGGAGCACGCGGUGCUGCGGCCGGGCGGGCCGGACAGGGCGCCGAAGAGGCCGGUGAGCCGCGAGGGGGAGUCCCCGGCGAAGGUCCGGCGCCGGUCGGUGGAGCGCAGCCCGGGCCCGAGCCCGCGCCGGUCGCCGAGCACGCCGGCCGAGCUGCUGGGCGAGCACGCGGCGCACGCGCCCGCGCCGCCGGCGCCGCUGCUGGCCGAGGACGUGGACAUCCGGCCCGGCAUCGCCGAGAUGAUUCGCGAAGAGGAACGGGCUAAGUUACUGGAGAGUUCGCACGCAUGGCUCGGGGCCUCCACGUCAUCCAUCGCAGCAGACAGCUACCAGUACCAACUUCAGUCGAUGUGGCAGAAGUGUUGGAACACGAACCAGAGCCUGGUGCACAACCUGCGGUUCCGCGAGCGCGGGCCCCUCAAGUCCUGGCGGCCAGAAACCAUGGCCGAGGCCAUCUUCUCCGUGCUGAAGGAGGGCCUGUCGCUGUCGCAGGCGGCGCGGAAGUACGACAUCCCCUACCCGACCUUCGUGCUGUACGCCAACAGAGUGCACAACAUGCUGGGGCCCAGUGCCGACGGCGGCGCAGAUUUGAGGCCAAAGGGGCGCGGGCGGCCGCAGCGCAUCCUGCUGGGCGUGUGGCCCGACGAGCACAUCCGCGGCGUCAUCCGCGCCGUCGUCUUCCGCGACACUCACGCGCACACCACGCACCACAUCAAGGAGGAGACAUUGCCUGUCUAUCCCGCAAUCACGGAUGGAAUCACGGUGCCAAAUGCUUACGGCCCUGUAGCGUGCGGUAACGGGCGAGAGGGGGGCGUGUCCCCGAACGCGGCCGCCGCCGCCGCCGUGGCCGCCGUGGCGCACGGCCUACGCCGGCAGAUGUGCAACAUGGUGGUGGCAGCGCAGCGGCCGCCAGACCACCCACCGCACCUGGGCCUGCCCCCGCUGCCCCUGCAAUCGCCGCGGCUUCCGUCACCGCUGUCGGCCGGUCUCGAGUCGCCGCUGUGCUCCCCGCCCCCUCCUGGGCACGCGUUGGAACCUCCAAAACCGACCGAUCCAUUCCGACCCUUCGCUUCACCGAGACCUGAUAGUCGCUACGACCGCGACGUCGCAGAGAUUACAGAGAUGGGUCCUCCGAAGACCCCCAUCCCGAUCGCGAAAAAUGGCAAAGAGCUGUCGUCACCGGUGCCGGUGAAGAUGGAGCCACCGCCCUCGGAGGCGCGAGCGGAGAAUAUCUGAAGCGAGGCGGCGGGCGCGGCCCCGCAGACGCCGCCGACCGCACCGGUCGGCGUGCCGCCGCCGCUGCCCGCUUAUCCGUAUUUCGUUCCGAACCGCAACUCUGUCGGAUACUUCUAGAUAUUCUAGAUGUGGUUGCGCAUUCCAUGUCUCGAGGCAUGAGACCAUCCGACCGAUCGAGAGUAACGGAAUUAUGUUGAUUCAUAUUUAUUUUCAAGUGGACUCGCUGUGCAAUAUAAUGCUUGUUGUUUAGUUAUUCAAUUUUCUAUUAAGAUUAUUUUAGUUUAAACUUAUUUUGUUUACUUUGUGGUUUAUAUAGUUGUGUUCCAGUGAUAUUUUGAAAUAAAGUUUUGUCAAUAUCUGUAAAGGUGGGUCACAGGCCGAAGACGCCGCAGUAAUCGAAGGCAACAGGAAGUGCAGUUGAAGGGACAACUGUCUCGGUCGCGGCUCCACCUCACUGUUUUAUUAUUAUCUACUCAUAAGUAGAAUGUCAAACGUACUGUGUAAGCUUAAAUUUACUAUUUAUCAAUACAAAUUAGACGCAAUCAUGAGUGUAGGGAAAUCAAAAUUUUAAAUAUUUGGCCCGAUUCAAAAAAGACUGUUCGGUAUACCUAUUCAUCAAAAUAUGUGUAAGACAAAAAUUAAAUAGUAUUAGAGAUAAUGUUACAAGAAAUCUAGAUGUAUCCUUUCGUCGUCAGUUCGAUGUCAAUUUAUCAACUAGCAGUGGUAGCGGGCACCGCGGCGGAGGCCGGGCCUGCGCCCGGCGCCGCCGCCCGCGCACUCUCGCUCGCCGCUCAGCUUGCCCAUGCUCGGCUUGCCCAUAAAGCUUAUGUUAUGCCAUCUCCUUUGCUCUAGUUAAACAUUUUUAUUUUAUUCACUUCCUAUAUAGCUCGAAUCCCGAGCGGAACGCCAAAAAAUACGAGUUUUCAACAAGAUUUUGAAUAAAAGGGGUAAAACAAAAAAACUGGUAAUAUUACAGAGGUAAUUUCCACAUUAAAGCAAGAUGAAACUAUUAUUAGGUACUACAUAGCAUUUUUUAUAAUUAUUACGAAUAUAUUAGAGUUUUACUAAGAAAAGUCUUUAUUUAAUACGUCAUAAUUUCAUAGAAGUUAGACGUUCAAAACAACAUUUUUACUGCGCGUGCUAUCAAAAUCUUUGCAGACUUUUCUUGGUCUAACUCUAACGGUCUUUAAGAAAAGAAUUCCGGCUCUAAGUCCUAAACUCUGUUGCCCAGUGACAAGUGUAACGGAACCAUGCACACACGUUUUCUGGGAGUGUACACGCGCGCGUUUUAUUCCUUUUUUCAGUCGACUUUAGCGGGCUUCCUCACAUUUCAUUAAACAAGACACCAUUAUUCAUUCAUGUUGUCAGUAACAAAAUGGUAGAAUAGACUCAUAACGAAGUAAUACUUGUUGGUCAGUAGGAGUGUAGAGGUUAUACUAGUCCAGGAAGUGACUACCGGUGGAAACCUACAUAUUUCAUUUUAUAAUGUAUACUGUAUGUAGAAUAAUCCUACAAAGUUAUAAUAGUUGUUACAAUGGGAGACAAGUAUGGCGGGUGGCAUCUUACUCGCUCCGGCCGAGCGGGCGAGCGGCGCGGUAGACUUAGUGAUCGCCAAAUGUAAAAUAGAUGUAUGAUUAGCAAGUAGUGACGUUCCAAAUGUUAGGCUAACUUAGACGUGCAGGGCUCCGUACAUCUCCUCACAUUAACGCCCCUCCGGGGCCGCUUGUUCACUCACCGUUAUCGUUUUCACAUUGGGCAAUGUCCAUUCCGCGUUAUAUUUCAGCUUGAUUUGCGUUGGUUAACGUGCGGAGGCAGGAGCCCGAUUAGUUGUAAGAGCACAAUCGCCAAGCAUUGGAUGUUAAACAAUUCGAGCGUCUGCUGAUGACCUACCUAUGUGUAGCUAGAUUAAACAUUUCAAUUUUCUUAGAUUAGCUAUUUAAUGUAUGUGACUAUUAGUAGCGAUCAGUCAGAAUAAAUUAAAUAACGGCGACGACAUAUUUAAUCUACUUACGAUCUUGAAUUGAUUCGCCAGUGGAGUCGGCCCUUCGGCUGCGCCGGAGCGACUCGACUGCUCUGAGGUGUAUAUGUACAAAUUUUUUUUUAUCGAUAACUUCCUGGACGCAAAGUUGCUUUGUUCAUAGUUUUGGUGGGAAAUUGUUAGAGUACGGACCUUCUUGCCGCAAGGGUAUACCAUGAUUUAGAAACGUUCGUUGGCGGACAUUCGAGGCGUUCGGCGGGGCGGCUUCGACCCCGGCGCGGGCGCGGACGGUGUAAGCAUGUAAAAUAAGUCUCCAAGUGGCCUUGAUACUUCACUAUUAUUUGGGAUUUGGAUUAUCGAUUCGGUUCAAGUUUGGAAUUAGUGUAUAAAAAAGACCAAAUUAUUAAAAAGUACAUUUGCGAUUCAGAUCUAGUGUUGAAACUAUUUGGCUAUCCUUUUGGAAAUAACGUUUAAUAUAGGAAAAAAGAAAGUUAUAUAAUGGCCUAUACGUUUCGGAGGAAUUGCGUAAAUUUUGGUAAAUGUUACUACGCAUAUUUUCUAUUGUCUAAGUCUAGGCUAAUGUGUUCAAAAAGUAAUUUAAAAUUUUUGAAAAAAAGUAGAAAGUGCCUUCCAAAUUUUUGACCACAGUAAGUGUCGGGACGGGUGCGGCGAAGAUCGGACGAGGCGCGCGGAUCACGGCGCACGCUGCGCGUCGGUGCGCGCACGCCGCGAGCCGCGCGCUCUCACGUGCUUAACUAUAAAAACGUUAGACUAAUAAAAAUUCAAAAUUAUUAUAUAAAAAAUAAAUACAUAUGACUAUUAUUAUAGAAAAAUAUAAAUAAAAUUAUAUAUUUGGCCGAUGUGGUUAUACCCUGACAGGCAAGCGUUAGCUGAAUAUUCGGCAUCAAAAUUAAUUCUAUAUUAUUCUUUGUAUACAAUCACCUGAUUCCAUUGAAAAGCAAUGCAGACAUAGCAAAGUGCCAUUCGUUUGAACUGAAUCUUUAAAGGUUCAUUUCGUAUCACGUGGAUUCUGUAGUUAUAAUUAAACUUUAAUUAAUUUAUUGUACUGGUAAAAGUAUAUACAUUUCGAUUACAUAAAUAAGUAACUAUGUUAUUUUCGUGAUAGAUAAGUAAAAUUUACUGGUAUGUAGUAUUAUUGUACACAGUUGACGAACAGUGAACGUAAAUGUGCGCGCAGAUGCCGCGGACGCGACGCCGGCGCCGAGCCGAGCCUCGGCGGGGCUUCUCGCUUUUGUGAUCCUACUCGCAUGCGUUUCACGUAACCGACGUACCUCCCUGGUGCUAUUUGUCAGAAUUCAGAACCGGUUUCUUUGAUACUUGAGCUCUCUCUUUAAUAAAUAUUAUUUUUCAAUCACAUAGUCUAGCAGAAAUUCGUAAAGUGCAAAACCAACGUGACGUAGCCAGUCUUUAGUACCUAGAUUUCCAGUCUAUUGUAUGUAUAAGUAUAGUACCUAAUAUGUGCACUUGUUAAACUUGUACAUAAGCUGCGAGUAAGAGAUGGAUCCCAUUCUCGUUGGGUAUUCAUUCUAACAUUUAAGGUUUGUUAAGAUAAAGGAUUGGUGUAGUAUUUACAUUUGAUAUUAUUAGCCCCCAAACCUGCAGCUGGCAAAGGUCACUCCGCGGCCCGGCUCGCUGGCUCCACGGGCCCUGCAUGCCGGAGCGCUAGUCACUCUCUCGAGCACAUUUACGUUCCCUGUACGAAGGGCGGUUUUGGUUAGAAUAUACAAUGUAUACAUGUUAGACAUUAAUUUAUAAUUUUAAAUAUCCAUGAUGAAUACGAUGACUAGCAAAGCACCAGCGAGCGAAGCUCCGCUGCUGGCGCUACAUGACAACAUGAUACUAUUAUUAUCCCUUCUUAUCUGAUUUGUGAUAAUAAAAACUAAAAUAUUUUUAAUAAUAUAAAGAACAAUUAUCCUUUCUCAAAAUGUUCCCUUUGUAAAGGACACUAUUGCUAAGUUUAACUGUAUAUCACAAUUUAUUAUUUAUUUAUUUAGUUUAAAAUAACAUAAUUUUUUAAACCGUUGUGGGCUCAAAAUAAAUACUUAUUUUAUCAUUAAAAUUGAUACCUACCUAUGUUGCUAAACGCACACAAUCCAACACGGAAAUUUACCAAAAAUGUGACAAGAUUGAUUAUCAGAUAUUACUUAUUUCUCGAUCAAUAUGAUCUGCUUAGUUUAAGUAGGUAGUGACGUUGAUGGUAGGUAUCAAAACCUACAUAAGUCUUACCAUUAUUGCUUUCAGUGCAACAAAAGAUUUUAGAUUGCAUAUCAUUACAAAUAAAUAUUGGGUUCUCCUGUGAUGUUAAUAUAAACUUUCUUAUAAACAUUGGUGAAAGCUGUGAUAGAGCAAAGUGUUUCUUCUUUGGUGGAAUGUCGUAGCCGAUAUUGCCCCGUACAAGUUUCAUAAAUAGACUGCCCUUCGCCCUUCACCGUGCCCAUGGAGCUCAGGCCGCGUCAUGUUUAGUUCCCAGCCAGUUCACCCAGUGUAAUAUUACUAGUAUUCAUAGUCCCUACCCUACCUCAUGUCACAGGAGAAUCCACACCGAGACACUGAUGUUUUAAAUGGUAUCGUCACUUUAAAAGAAACAAAUACGUCUUUGUUCAUUUAUUAUUGUAAUAUAGAAGAUGAUAUAGGUCGCUAUAAUUAUCGUCGUUAUAGAAAUUAUGUUACGGUUUCAAUUAAAAGUUGUUAAGAUUUUUCUUAUUUUCAACACCUGUGUUCCUUAUUAAUUAGUUUUCUAUUAUGUUUAUUAUUUUACAAAAUAUCUUUAUUAACGGCUUAGUUACUAUCGAUGAGUAUAGAAUGUAUUGCAGUUGCUAACCGGCGUUGUGUUGACCGAACGGAAUAGACGUUUUACAUUUUUUUUCUGUAAAAUAUUACCUCAGUUAUAAACUUCUACUUCGUUACACUUAUGUCUGGGGGCCUAGCCAAGGUGCCAAUCGAUUGCCCCGUAGUGAACGUAUCACUCUUAAGUCCAUAUACGAAUAAGUGCGAUAGAGAGACAUUAACGUUUUGUUCAUUACGGUGCUAACGAUUGGCAUUUUAGCUAGACCGUCUGUUUACUCACAAUCAGUUUUGUGCCACAGCCGUAGGUACCAAUUGUAACGAGAGCGCUAAGUUUUAUAUCGUGUAUGGAAGAGGCACCUAUCCUAAGCUUUUUGUUCAUUACUCUCAGUAAUAUUUUUCAUAUAUUGUAUCGAUUUGGGUUUGUUCCUUCGGCCAGACACAAUCUUAACCAAAUUUUUAUCCGUAUCUGUGUCAAGUACAAUUAUUAAUAAAUAUUGGUGUUUAACAGUUUAUAUAAAUCGAUGUAGUUCACAAUUUCGCCGUGUAACAACGUUCAGUCUUUUAGUGAUCAGAUCAUUCAUAAAUUUCAAUCUGUACCUAUCUUAACUGUCUCAAACGAUUACUUUUAGUGAUGUAAAAUGUUUAAGUUCGUUAUUGUCACCGUGUACCGUUGUCUGAAUGAAUACAUAAAAAUAGAGCAAAAUAA